AUGUGUGGUGAAGUUGUUACUGAGAAAAGAAAGAUCGACAAAACAUUAUCUACUUUUCAUCCCAAUAAUAUCAACUUAGCCGAGAUGUACAGGGAGCGCAAGUUUACCAAGUUUGGGGAUCUCCUUUCAACCCUCCUUGUUGCCGAGCAGAAUCAUGAAUUGGUGAUUAAGAAUCAUCAAUCCCGUCCAACGGGAUCUGCUCCUUUACCAGAAGUAAAUAACACGACAUUCCAGCAGAAUGUACGUGGAAAAGGGCAUAGAGGUGGACGAGGCCAUGGUCGCUACCGUGGACGAAGCCGUGGUCGUGGGCGUGGGCAUUUUCGUCCUUAUAAUAGCUCUAGUCACCAGAAGUGGCAACCUGAAACACAGAGCAAAAGAAAGGCACCACAAGGAGGGAAAACUGACAAUUUAUGUCACAAGUGUGGAAUGGAAGGGCAUUGGUCACGUAAUUGUUAUAUCCCACAACAUCUUGUUGAUUUAUAUCAGUCAUCUAAAAGAUCGAAAGGGAAAAUGGUGGAAACCAAUUUCGCCAACAACUUAGAUGAUUCCCUCAUAAUAGCAACCGGAGGAAUAAGUGUUAAUGGCCCUAAUAAUGAAACUCCCAUAUGGGAGGCUGAGGAUUAG